UUUGCCUUAAGUUACUGUGGAUAGACACCAAAUAUAUAUUUUGCUGGAAAAUUAUCAUUAGUGCUUCAAAGGUUCGGUGCUUUGGGUUGUCAGUAAGUGCAACUCGAAGACGGCUUCCCAAGGACUAUAUUCAAUGUGAAUAUGUCUAUGCUGUCAUCAGUUACGAGCCCUUUCACGCCGCCGAUUGUGAAACGACUCUUGGGCUGGAAUAAAGGUGAAGGCGAAGACAGGUGGAGCGAAAAAGCAGUGAAAAGUUUAGUGAAAAAGUUGAAGAAAACUGGUGGACUUGACGAGCUAGAGAAGGCAAUCACCACACAAAACCCAAAUACUAAGUGCAUAACAAUUCCCAGAUCGUUAGAUGGUCGACUGCAGGUGUCUCACAGAAAGGGCCUACCACACGUCAUUUACUGCCGGCUGUGGCGCUGGCCUGAUCUGCAGUCGCACCAUGAACUAAAGGCACUCGACUGCUGCGAGUACGCCUUCAGCCUCAAGCGCGACGAAGUCUGUGUUAACCCGUACCACUACACCCGCGUAGAAGCACCCGUUCUUCCUGCAGUCCUAGUCCCAAGACACCCUCCAGGAGAGGUGCCGUCAGAACUGCCGCCACUGGACAAUAACUACGGAACAUCGAUACCUGAGAAUACCAAUUUACCUGAGAACUUUGACAGCAACUCGUUCAGUUUGCCAGAAACACCUCCACCUGGCUACAUGUCAGAAGACGGCGAUCAAGAGCAACAGAGUCCAGCAAUGGAUUCGAUCGCCUCGUCGCCGAGCAACUGGGACGCGGUCGCGGACACGAUCCCGACGUCUCCGAGCCCGCCGCUCGACGUGAUGCCGGUGACGUACUGCGAGCCUGCAUUCUGGUGCUCCAUCUCCUACUACGAGCUGAACACGCGCGUUGGCGAGACGUUCCACGCGUCGCAGCCGUCCGUCACCGUCGAUGGCUUCACGGACCCUUCCAACUCGGAGCGCUUCUGCCUCGGCCUGCUCUCCAACGUCAACCGCAGCCAGGUCGUCGAGAUGACGAGGCGGCAUGUCGGUAAAGGUGUGCGACUGUACUACAUCGGUGGAGAGGUGUUUGCGGAGUGUCUGAGCGAGAGCAGCAUCUUCGUGCAGAGCCCCAACUGCAACCAGAGGUACGGCUGGCACCCUGCCACCGUCUGCAAGAUACCACCAGGUUGCAACUUGAAGAUUUUCAACAACCAGGAGUUUGCGGCGCUGCUGUCGCAGUCGGUCGGCCAGGGAUUCGAGGCCGUCUAUCAGCUAACGAGGAUGUGCACGAUCCGCAUGAGCUUUGUCAAGGGCUGGGGCGCCGAGUACCGCCGACAGACCGUCACCAGCACCCCCUGCUGGAUCGAGCUGCACUUAAAUGGACCAUUGCAGUGGCUUGACAAGGUGCUCACACAGAUGGGCUCGCCGCGCAUUCCUUGCACGAGCAUGUCCUGAGGCGCCUUCUCGGCCGUCCGCCGAACACUACGCUUGGAAUCUCUCGAUCGUCGCGCGGCGUGACCCAGCCCCUCGUGACGCCUGACCCGCGCCCCGCCGAGGCGCGAGUCGGAUUCGGCGGACAGGCGUACGUCUUGCUUGCGGGUUGUCGGCGGCCGGGGG